UAGAAAUUGCGCCUAAUAGACUUUUCAGUGACUCGAGGUUCCCAAGCUGUUUUGAAUAGUUUGUCUUCAUAAGGACGUAAAUACAGACGGAAUAGCUCUCUUCAAGUGAGUAAGGCGUCGCUGAAAACUCCUAAAGACAAUCCGUGCCGAGGAAGGAGAAUAUUCUGCCUUCCCGCCAACUUUAGGCCAAAGAUAAUGAAAUGCGUUCUGAUAAGUUUACUGCUCAUUGCAGUACAACUUUCACAAUGCCUCAGAAACCAUGGAUAUGAAAAGGAACUUCGCCAAAGAAAGCAUUACUACUUUUCUGACGACCAGAAGUGUGCCCAAGAUGUACCGGACUGCGAAAAGUGUUUGUCUAAUAGUGAAAACUGUGAGUGGUGUAGCGAUGGGUCGCAGAGGAGAGAGUGCAUUAGGCAAGGGAGUGUGACCUGCCCGACAGAACAUCGAAAGACUGCUUGUGAAUCUCAAACAGCCUUAGACGAAAACAAGAAAACCUUGAUGAAUUACUACGAUAAAUCGCUAGACGAACUAGCGAAGAUAAAUGCACCGGUUAUGGAUACCCCUUCUCAGAAUACAAGUGUAGUAACAGUUAAUGCCAGUGUUCUAUGCGGGAGUCAAAGCGAUUGUCACAAUUGCACCACAAAUUAUUUCUGCUUCUGGUGCCAGCCAAAGGGAGAAUGUCAUGUUUAUUAUAACAUGACUACAGCACAACAGUCUUGUCCCGGAUUACAUGGAGCAUAUCAUGAACGCUGUUAUUUCCCAAGUAAGUGCGUUUUAUUAGACUAGCUGGACAGUAGAUAGCUUUAGUGUUGCACGGUUGGGUAACUUCCAAAGGAAUUCCUCGCCUCUUAUUGGAGUUUAACAGAGGCUUUUUACCGAGAGAAACUACAGUAGCUUAUCUGUAGCUUAGAACAAUAAUUGAGAAAAAACCUCUCUUGUUUAAAGAUAUUUCCCUGUUCUCUACUAAAAGAAUACGGCCUUUUUGGUUCGUUUCGUUGACUUUACGCAUGCUACGUCAAAAUGUGGUGAAUUAACGUGCACAAUCGACCAAAACAUUUCGCCUUGGUAACUCCAUUCUUUGUUUGCUCACGAAAAUGUUCCAGGUCAUUUUUAUCACUUUAGACACCAAAGUAAGAAGAUUCGAAAGGUUAAUGUCUUGUUAUUGAGAUUAAAGCGAUAAGAGGACGAAAAAGGCAGCAAAACUCUCUCGAGAAAUAAGCUACUUUCUAAUUGUUCUGCGUGGCAUUUAAAGUCAUUAAUUUUUAUGAGUAUCUCUUGGCAAUUAAUGGAAUUAAAGAACAUUCUGUCACUGUGUUGUUUUUACAAGAGAAGGAAAUUAGGUUUUCAUCCGUCCCAAAUGUAACUAAAUGGCCUUGCAACACCAGACUGGUGAAUCGAACUGGUUUUAAAGAAAAAAAUUCUCAUUGCAACUCCUUGAAAGAAUACCUUUGGAAACGCCUGGUUGAGCCUGUAUGCAAAUAAUACCUCGAAAUACCGACUAGAAGAAUCGAACAAAGAACACCUUUGUUAGCAUGUAGUGUUAUUAAGGUUGUUGAUUCUUCACAACUCUCUCCGUUAAUUACUCCGGCAGGGAAAAAUACCAUCUUUUGAAAAAGCAUUAUCCCACCCAACAAGGCAGAACGCAUAUCGAUAAUUGAACACCUAUCAGGGUGUUGCUUUGCCGAAAAGAAGAAGUUCAGACGAUCAAAGUUCACUUUAACAGAAAAUAGCUUUAUCAUUAAUAAAUUAAAACCUAUGUUAAAGAAAAUAAGCCAGUUGAGUUUCGAAUCCGUUAAACCUCAUACUUGUCUCAAAGCCUGAAGGGUAUAAACAAAAGAAAAGUGGCAUUUAGACUCAUGAAAAAUAAUUUAUAUGUUUUUGUUUUAAAACCCCCGCACUCAGGUCAGCCUUGGUUAACCAAUUAUGAAUUUGAAAAUUAGAAACUAGGCAAUUGAAGGAAAGUCACAAGUGAGGAAUAUUACAUGAGCCCAACCCAUACUUUCGCGUGCGAUAUGUUUACUUUGGUUACAAAGAAUAACAUUAUAACGCUGACCCUUCAAUAAUCAUGAUUCUAUUGGUGAAAUAAAUUGCCAAAUAGUCGACACCCAUUUAGGGUCUGUUUACAUGGAGUGGGGGACCCCGGUCUAGUGGGGUAAGUUUCUUUUGUUUUCACGCUCUGGGGGACACAAAACAAAAAAAACUUACCCCACUAGACCGGGGUCCCCCACUCCAUGUAAACAGGGUCUUAGAAAAUACUGUAGUAACAAAGGGCUAAGAGUGAAAAGCGCCUUGUGUACGAAUUAAAACUUGACUCCCACGAUUUGAUCUCCACCGUAUUUUGCCUCAUAAAAGGUACGCAUGCGAAUGAAGCAUUAAAUAAGGUUCCCGGCAGGAUUUUGUAAACCAAUACGAACUUCUCCGUGUCAUUUUCAAAAUUCGCAUUAUUGGAUAUUUUAAUAAAAGUUAUUAUCUUAAACUUGUUAUUUUUGAACUUACAUAAAAUAUGCCGUCUAAAAACUGACUUUUCCUCUGUUAUAUUUUUGCGAGACUUUGUGUCGCUGUUUGUUUAUAAAUACUCGUCCAUUCUUCAGUGAAUCGGCACAUGAAAUUUGUUGACUAUUUUCAGGAUUUUCGAAAGCACCAUAUUUCCCAUCGGUACUAGCUUUUCUUAGUUCAAUAGCAGUUGAGAAUUGCUUCCUUGGUUGUUUUGUUUUGGUUCUUUUUUUCCAACUGGAGGAGUGAAUGAUGGAGUAAUUGUACGGGGCUUCUAACAUUUGAAUCUGUGGAUGAAAUCCCCCGGGGUGACCAUUCAAAUGAAACUGAGCAACUGGGCAGUACGUUCACGUGGUAUUAUUUGUCUUUUACGAAAUGAAAUUUACAGUUUUUAUUGCAGUUUCACUUGGGCAAUGCUUCUGGUGAUUAAAAGAGUCAAAACGGUUCGAAAAAAAAGCAGGAACACUAGCCAGUUUAAGACCAUUUAAAUAAACUCUAGCGAAAAGACUUAAACAUGCUUUUUCGUUUUUCAGUGGGAGUAACGCCUUGUCGCAAACGAAAUUCUACCUGUGAAGAGUGUCUUGAGGAUGGUAUAUGCUAUUGGUGCUACUCAACCAAAACUUGCCGGUUUUACCAAGAAGCUGAAAUCAACUCUACUGCUUGCCCCAACGAUACAUGGUAUCAUGAAGACUGCGGUGUUGGGAAUAGUCUGUUCUGGGUUCUCUUUCCCAUACUGGCCAUUAUUCUGAUACCGGUAAUUAUUUACCUGAUAAUAUGGUUGAUAUGUUGCUGUAUGCGAGCUGCCGGGUAUGAACCCCUGCAACCCGCUGGUUCCGAGCCUCCAAAGAAGCAUCCGAAGAGUAUCAGAUUAAAACCCAGUACACCCUCAAAUAAGACCGAUCAACUCAGAAAAAAGUACGAUCUCGACAAUCCGUAA